UUUACUUCAUUUGACCAGAUGAGGCUGCUCGUGGUGUUCCUCCUGAUGGCUUUGAUUGUUCUCCCAACGGAAGGAUUAUUCCGUCGUCGUCGCCGCCGCAGAUGGCUCCGUAUCAGAGGCGGAAAGGUUCUCACUGGAGUUGGCAUUGCUGCCAGACUGGGACUGAUAGGAAAGAGAGAUAUACAAAAUGACCUUGCCACUGUUGAUCUGAAUGAGGAUGGGAACAUUGACCAAUCAGAAGUUGAGAACCUAUUCGACAAACGCGAUGCGGAACAAAUCCUGCAAAUGGUUGACAUGGACGGUGAUUCAGUCGUUAGUCACGAUGAGUUCAUCCGAGGAGUGGAAGACCUUUUCUCUCAGGAUGCUGAGUAGAUACCUUCAAAACAAGGCAUUAAGAUGAUGUAAUAUGAUGCUUGAAAAUAAAAAAUAGCAGAGCAAA